UUGUGAACUGUAUUGCAGGGAGGGACAUGGACUUGCAUGGGGAUAAUCAGGAAUCAGAGCACAGCCGAUUGUCUCAUCAUAGUGACGGGAAGAUCUCGGAAUCUCCUUUUCGAUCUGGAAAACAGGAAAAAUACCGGAAAGACAACGAAAGCUUGGUUGAGGACCAUGCACGAACCAGAAUGCGAAAGCCGGCCGGAGACCCAGACCGGGAUCGAUGUUCGGAUGGAGAGCGUAGCAGUCCCUCUUUCUACUCGGAUGAUUAUGAAAACAUCUCACACUCAGAUCGGUCUCUCUCUCCGUCAGCCUCUCCGUCUCCACAAAGAAGAGGGAGGUUUAGGAGAGUGUCCAGCAGCCCCUUACAUCGAGCAGGUGUACGUAAAGGUGUGUCACGCCGUUUCCCACCCCACUCCCAUCACCCUAAGCAGCGGUCAGGAGACAUCCGAUCCCAAACUUUGAGUAAAGAUGCUCCAUCUAAAGAAGUGGACCCGGUCACCAAACGCAUGCUGUCUGCCCGUCUGCUAAAGAUCAACGAAUUGAAGAAUGCAUUGUCUGAGCUGAGGCUGCAUGCAGAUGAGUUGCAGCGUGAGAACCGUUUAUUGCGACAGAUGCAGCUGCGGCAAGAGAAAGCUCUGCAUCGCUACAAUGACACAGAGAGCGAGAUCUCGCAGCUGUUGUCUCGUCACAACAAUGAGACUCAUGUACUGCGUGAGAGGCUGAGACGCAGUCAAGAGAACCAGCGCACAGCUGAGCGCAGCCUCAGGGAAACGGACGCCCAACUCCAGCGCUGUCGCAGCCAGCUGCAGAAACUGCAGCAACUUGCAGAUGACCAGAAUCUUGGAGAAAGGGAGGAACUCUCACGAAAACUAACAUACACUCAAGGCAAAUUGCAAGAAAGUGAACGCAGAGUGAAGGAAUUGGAGAAGAACACAGAGCUGAGUAGUGGGAGCUUUCAGAGGCAGCUAGCUAAUGAGAGGAAGAGAACUCAUGAUGCACAACAGGAAGUUAAAGCACUACAGGAGGAAGUGGAGAGGCUUUGCACUAAACUAAAGGAAAAAGAAAAGGAGCUGGAUUCUCGGAAUAUAUAUGCUAACAGGAUGCUGAAAGCUUCUUCCAGAAAAGAAGCUGAGAAUGGCAGCAAGCGAAAAGUCUCCAAUACAACCAGCACUAAGGCAGUACAGACAGAGGACAGGACAUCCUCACUGGACUUCCCAUCACCACCUCCAGCUGUUACCAACGAACUCCCACCUGACGACCGGACUGAUGAUUACCUCUCUCUGAAGCAGGACCAGCAAGGCAGGGAGCAGAGAUCAAGAGAAGCAAAAGAAUGGAAGAUUCAAGAGUUUUGGAGGGAAAGGGAGAAAGAAAGAGACAUGGAAUCUGAGAUGGUACGGACAAGGGAGAAGGAGAGAGAAGAAAAGGCAAUGCGUGACAGAAAUAGAGAAAUGGAGCUGCUGAAAGACCAGGAGAGGCAAAGACUAGAUCAACAGCAGAGCGCAAAUCAGAAGAAUUCAAAGGGAAACAGAGGCCUGGACAGAAAGGAAGAAGAUUGGAAGAGGAUUGGCCUGUCUAUAUCUCAAAAGGAGGAAGAGAGCAGGAAGCGGCGUGAACUGGAAGAGGAACAACUUAAAGCAAGAAAUCUGGAGAUCCAGGCCAUCAGUCAAGAGAGUGCAGAAGAGGAAUGUCAGCGCAAAGAGCAGCUACUGGAUAAGAUGCGUGAGAUCGAAAUGCAGACUCAAGGUCAGGACUCUGACUUCUUUUCCGAUGACACGGGAAGUGUCCGCUCUCCUCCACGGUUGUCUGAACAACGCAACCACAACGGUAUUUUCAAAUCCACAGAACCAGAAGAGAACACAAACACAUUGGCGAGUGGGAGAAGAGUGGGUGGUCUCCAAACACAUGGACCAAGUGAGGAUCUUGAUCUUGCUUUUGGCAGCUACGCCCCUUCUUUUGGUAAAUCUGCCCCCCGUGUUGGUUUAGGUGCACGCAAUGCAAACCAGCCACCUCGACACCUAGAUGAAGGGCUGGAUCUGGGGAGCCUAGUCAAAGAAAGGAAGUCCAACCUCAUGCAGCAACUUUUUGGUGCCUCUGCCACACCACCUCUUUCUGAUCCAUCCAGCAGGAUGGAGAUCCUAAGCCCCCCUCUAACAAGCCAGUUGACAUCAGGACCAGUGGGUGGACGCAGGAGGGACACAGACACACCGAAUGAACUAAACAUCAGUUCCCUCCCCAACAAUAGGAGCGCUCUGCAUGUCUCUGAGAGCCGACCUGCGGUCAGGGCCAUUACGUCAUUUGAUGAUGACAUAGAAGAAGUCACACUCUGAAUAAGGAGCUUUUAUAGCCAACAAGAAAGAAUCUGUUUUUUGAAAACACAAGGAAAGAUUGUUCUGAGCUCCCUUAUGAAAUAAUAGCUGAUUAAACAAUGUUUAGUUUGCUAA